AGCCAAAGCCAAAGCCAAAGCUUUAAAGGCCAAGAAGGCAGUGUUGAAAGGUGUCCACAGCAACACACAGAAAAGAAGAUCCACAUUUCACUCACCUUGAGGUGGCCCAAGACACUGAGACUCCGAAGACAGCCCAAAUAUCCUCAGCAGAUCACCCCCAGGAGAAACAGGCUUGACCACUAUGCUAUCAUCAAGUUUCCGCUGACCACUGAGUCAGCCUUGAAGAAGACAGAAGAAAACAACAUGCUUGUGUUCAUUGUGGAUGUUAAAACCAACAAGCACCAGAUCAAACAGGCUGUGAAGAAGCUCUGGGACAUGGAUGUGGCCACAGUCAACAUCCUGAUUCGACCUGAUAAAGAGAAGAAGGCAUAUGUUCGACUGUCUCCUGAUUAUGAUGUUGGAUGCUCCUUUGGAUGUUGCAACAAAAUUGGGAUCAUCUAAACCGAGUUCAGCUGGCUAACUCUAAAUAUAUGUGUAUCUUUUCACCAUAAAAAAGAAAUAAUGUUUUUCAUAAGAAUGACAACUUAAUUAGAAUCAAAUUUAUAAGCUUUAAGAUUUUACAUUUCUAGUAAGUAUAAUAUUAGCUUAUUUGAGUAGAACUCAAGCAGAAUAGGAAAUUAUGUUUGUUUCAUAUUCAAUAGUGGUAACUUUGAAGACAUA